AUUUACUGCAGUGCAGACGCUUCAGCAUGACAGCUGACUGAGAUAUGGAAUAAUGUUAAGAUAUAUCCUGUAAUAGUGUCAAGGACGAAUACUACGUGGUUUAUCACAUGCCUGAACAUGUCUGCUACACAGCAAAUCAAAGUAAAGUGGAUUGAACACUUUAACUCCAGUUGGGUGUCAGAGGAUUGUGAAUCUAUAACAACAGAAGAUGGUUUAAGAGAACUUUACAAUAGGUUGGAAUCAAACAAAGAAGUUCAGCCAGUUUCACAACAAGCCAUACACCUAAGGGGACCUACACUUCCUGAUUUUGAGCGAGAUGCAUAUUCUCUGGACGAACAGGAACAUUUGUUGAAUACGCUUCGAUCAAGUCAGCUUUUUUUAGCUGAAGUUGUUUGUAGUAACACGCCAUUUGCACAGAAACUUCAACAGCGACUUGUCAUACUACAGAGAGUAUAUCAUGCAGUUUCCAGUAAAUAUCAUGAUAGACAAGGGCUAAAACCUUGUAAACAAACUGAUUCUGGAGACCAGAACUGCAAUGAAUCCAGAAAUCCAUCACUGAGGUUUGUGACAGGUAAUGAAGCUCUUAUUGAAAUGGGAGUGAAAACUGGUCUUAGCUUGUUAUUUUCACUUUUGAGACAGAACUGGAAUCUAGCAGGGCAGUCUGGUCAGCUUUCAUUUUGUAAUGACGUCCUUCAAACAGCAGUAGACAUUGUAACAUCACUUCCGCCCUUGUCACUAGCAAAUGAGACAAAACUGACUCCUUUAGGUGUUGACUCCCUGAAUCAAGUGACUAAAUUUCUAUGUUCUGCUGCCAGUCCCUCCUCAGGGGCAGAUAACUGUGGUCAGCGACUUGCAUCCGAGUUAAUGCUAUUGUUAGCUGCUCAAAGGGGCUCACUUCGGUAUCUCUUGGAAUGGAUUGAACUGGCUCUUCAGGUGUCAUCUGCAGCUCAAAUUGAGCAGAAGCGAGGGAACCAGGGCAAACAUGGCCUGAUUUCUUGGACAUUCUUUGAAACAACCCUUCAACAGAUGAAGAAUUCAGCUGGAGGUCCAACAAAUUUUGAACGGAAAACAAAGCCUGAUCGAGAUGAAGCAGGCCUCACUGCUAUGUAUGAAGCUGGUCUUUUAUUACUGGAGGAGUUGCAACAACUAGCAGAGGAAUAUGCCAACAGCAGUGCUGGACCUGAUGAAAAUAGGAACAGUCCUGCCAACAAUGUCCUGUCUGGAUCCACCAUCUCUCCCCAGCCAUGUGAUGUGUAUGUGUGGGGCAGCAACAGUAGUCACCAGCUGGCUGAGGGCAGUCAGGAGAAGAUACUCACACCAAAGCAGGCGUCCUCCUUCAGUAACUGUCAGCAGAUUGAAGCUGGACAGUUUUGUACAUUUUUGAUCCACAAUGAUGGGUCAGUGAGUGCUUGUGGGAAAGGAAGCUAUGGCAGGCUCGGACUGGGCGAUUCAAACAACCAGGCCCAGCCCAAGAAACUCAGCUUUGAGCCAAAGAGAAGGAUGAAGAAAAUCUCCUCCUCCAAAGGAUCUGAUGGUCACACACUUGCUCUGUCUGUUGAAGGGGAAGUGUUUAGCUGGGGAGACGGUGAUUAUGGAAAGCUUGGCAAUGGAAACAAUUCUACACAGAAGAGUCCCAAAAUUGUGCAAGGACCGUUGACUGGAAAGGUGGUGAAGUGUGUGUCAGCUGGCUACAGACACAGUGCUGCUGUCACGGAGGAUGGGGAGCUGUAUACAUGGGGGGAGGGAGACUAUGGAAGGCUUGGACACGGAGAUAGUUCUAGCCGGAGUUUGCCACGCCAUGUGAAGGACAUAUCAGGUGUGGGGCAGGUUGCCUGUGGCAGCUCUCACACUAUUGCUGUCUCACAGGAUGGAAAGACUGUCUGGUCAUUUGGAGGAGGAGAUAAUGGCAAACUUGGGCAUGGAGAUAUGAAUCGUCAGUAUAAGCCCAAAGUGAUUGAAGCUUUUAUUGGGAUGUACAUCAGGAAGGUUGCAUGUGGCAGUCAGUCCUCCCUGGCUCUCACCUCUACAGGACAGGUAUAUGCUUGGGGUAGUGGCUCCUGUCUGAGCUGCGGACUGUCGGAGUUCACAGCACUGCGACCUCAUCUGAUCGAGGACCUCCAGAAUAUCAGAGUGGUGGACAUCUGUUCAGGAGACAGUCACUGCUUAGCCCUUGCUCAUGAUAAUGAAGUAUAUGCCUGGGGUAACAAUGCCAUGGGUCAGUGUGGCCAGGGACAUGCACAGAGUCCCAUCACUCGGCCGCGAAAGGUGAUAGGAGUGGAGGGUGUCUCCAUACAGCAGAUAUCUGCAGGCACCUCUCACAGUAUAGCAUGGACAGCACUGCCACUCGACAGACAUGUGAUUGCUUGGCAUCGCCCGUUCUGCAUCGACCUGCAGGAACACACCUUCAUGCUACUGAGAACAUUCCUUGAGAGAUACUGUGAUGGCUUUGACAGUGUAGAACCUCCAGCACCAUUCCCAAGCAAAGAGGAACACCAUCACUUUGUGUUGAUGUGUUUGAAGCUGCUCAGCUCCCACUUGUCACUGGCUCUGGCUGGAGGACUUGGCUCAGACAUAUUGGGGAGGGAGACCCGUCCACUGCGCAAUCUUCUUUUCCGUCUUAUGGACACAAGCACACCGGAUCUUGUACAGGAGGCUGUGUCAGAAACAUUAUCGAUAGGGGCGUCGCUGCUGUUGCCACCUUUAAGGGAGAGGAUGGAGUUGCUACACUCACUGCUGCCCCAGGGGCCAGAUAGCUGGGAGACACUCACUCGGGGACAGAGGAUGCAGCUUGGUAUCAUACUGACAAGCCUCCAAGACAAUCAACAAAUUGCUUCUGUGUUGGGAUUUUCUACUGCCCUGGACACAAAGAAUAUACCUGAGAAAGUUUCUGAGUCUGCCACAUCUGAUCUGCAGUUAGCGGAAGUUCUAAUGAAAACUAUCCUCAGAAACCUAGCUUCUCAUACUGAGAAGACCUUGAAUGAACUAGCUAAGAAUAGUGACAAGAAGAGCAGUGAAGGCAGCCCUGACCGAGCCCCUCCGUCCCACCUACACAGCUUACUAUCCUCCCUUCAGAAGCACCUGCUGGCAUUCUGCUUCAGCAAGGCUGCAGAGGGAAGCCUGAUUGUGCCUGUGGUGAACCUGCUGCACCACCACCUGUCUCUACUCCUGCCUGUGUGUGGGGAGAUCCUGUCUCAGGCCACACAGGCACUGCAGCAGGGACAAGGAAAUCAACACUUCUCCACACAAGUUGAAGAACUGCUGCUGGCCUCGCCUGCUGGUGGGAUGUUGACACAUGUUCUGCACUCACUGCUGGUGCUCCCCAUGGACAUGAUGGUGCCGGUCCUCCAUGAGAUACUCUCUCUGCUACCCUGUCUGGACAAGCUGAGUAAGAUCCUCCCUGGGACACAGAGGCUGGAGGACAUUGAGCUGGAGUUCAACAGAAGUGGGGGUACAUCAGGAGGAGGGAGUGAAAUUCACUGGUGCUGGGUUGUGGACAUGGAGCGGACAUGUGCCCUGGUUGUUGGUCACUGUAUUGGCGGUAUGCUACUGGGAGCACCUGUUUCUCAGUGUGAGACGGAGUCAUCAUACUGGCUGGAGAGCAGACUCUUCAGUAAUGGGCUAGAAAUGUCCCAGUUGGAUCUAGAGAAGAUAUCAAGUGCAAUCCAAGAAAGUGUGUUUGAAUGUAGAACAAACAGUGUCCAGCCUAACUUUGAUCUGAAUUUGGACACAGUUACCUCCCUUCUUCUUGACCUCAGCCUUGGAAAUCAGACAGAGCCUGUGCAGCAUGUGUGGAGCAUGAUGGUGGACUAUGCAGAAUACCAGGAUUUUGAUACCUGUGAACUGAACAAUGAGUCCUUGUUGGAUACAGUCAGUAGGUUCUACCUGGCAGCGCUGCUGAAGCACACGAACCAAGCCAAAGCAGCAUUUGAAUUGGAAAGUCCUUCCAAACACCUGACUGGGCUGUACCAGCUGGUGUACCGACUACGAAGCAAGCUGGUGUCUUUCAAGUUGCCCCGCGGGAGCACCCCUCGGCCUGUGAGGGAGGAGAUCUGGCAGGGGGAGAGGGAUGACGACAAGCCAGAGAGACCAGUAACAGAGGAGAUCAUUGAGUCAAGUCUCACACAGAUUGGGGAGGAGAUCUCAGAACAUUACGAGUCUGACGCAGAGAGAAAUGACAGUGAAGGUCGGUCAGAGGAUGAAGACAGUCAGAGCUGUCGAAGCAAACAGUCCUCCGCACCGAUAACUUAUGAAGAUGUUUGCCUGACAGUGUUACAGAAAUGUGUCUUCCUACUGUUAGGAGUCAGAUCAUUUUCAGAUGAGUCAGACCACUUGACUCAGUCACAACCACAGUCAGUGGCUGCAAGACAGGAGAGUCUAGAGGAAAUAUCAGACAGUGCAUCAGAAAAGAACACCUUGCUGUCUCCUGGGCGUCGAGUGGCUAGAAGAGGAAGCUUUCCAGAGAUUGCUUCCAGUGAGGCUCAGGAGGAGCUAUCCCUGAGAGUAAGGGACCGAGAUGGAACCGCAACACCCAACUUCAACACAGCCAAAAGCAGGAAUGUAGGAUCUCUGCAGAAAGUCAAGGAGACACUGAGGCGUAUGCGAUGGCGGCGGGAGAGAUUGGAGGACUUGAAAUCAUCUGGUCAUCACAUCUCACUGGUCUCUCUACACCGAGACAUCACAGAAGAGAUCGGCAAGUUUGUGUGUGGAGAGGAGCUAGCAUCUUCUGCCAAUAAGCAGGAAACAGAGCCAGCAGCUCUCAGUGUCAGUAUCUCAGUGUUGGGGCAGGCUAUGGACCUACAACAGAACAGAGCUGAGUCUCGGCUGUAUGCCCUGAACCAGGUUGUAGAGUUGCUAUCUACUGGGAAGGAGAAGUACGAGAAUCUGACUUCAGACAGCUCCUCCACCACCACUCUCCUCAACUCAGCUCAUCUACAGCUGCUGGCCGGCUGCUUUGGUCUCCUCGUACUGCCAGCUGAGGGCCUCAACACCAGCACUCAGCUCUACCACUACCAGGAUGGUAUUAAGGUAGCCCGUUCACAGACACAGCAGGAGAUACAGUUGGCUGUUCAUCGGAUCUAUGAAGCUCUUGUAGCAUCUCUCAUAGACACAUACAAGUCAGAGGUUCUAGGGGAGGCCACCAAGAACCAUCUGCUCCUGUCCACUAUUCUUGCCCUGAGUGUCAAGUACAAGCCUGUGGAUGUGUCACUGGCCGUGUCAUGUGGCCUGCUGCCGAUGUUGUUCCAGCUGUGUCAGAACUCUGUGUCCCUCCCCAACACGCUUCCACCACUGCAGCGGUGCCUGGAGGCUACCCACCUGGGAGCCAUUCUGCAGGUGUCGAGCCUCCGCCUGCUACAGAUCAUAGCGGUCACCACAGGUACCUAUGCUGACCGGCUGAGUCUCGGGGUGAUUCAGGCCAUCAUUGAGCUUCUGUGGAAGCACCUGCAGAAGUUGCUGUACAUAGCCUGCCCCGAACUGGACACAGGGGAUGGGUGUGCAGCUGAUAAUGGUGAGAAUGAGGCAACAUCUUCCCAAACUUCUGUUGGCGACUUCCUGGUGUUCCUCAGACGUGUUGCAGUCUCCAAGCCCAUCCAGCAGAGACUGGCAUGCACCAGAUGGGUGGAUGCUUUGCUCAACAUAGCUAGUGGAACAGAUGACAGAGGAGUGCCCUACUUCAGCAAUCUGAGGACACGCCUCCUUGCUCUCAUCCUUCUGGAGGCUGUGCUGCCAGCCACGGGUGGGGAGGACACCGAAUACAAGGACAAGGUUGUUGGGCAGUUGUUUGACAGUCUGUCCAAGAAUAUGUGGCAGAUUCCAGUAGCAGAAGCCAUGCAGAAAGCUGAAGAUAGGAAAAUGAACCUUUUGAGAAAAAUAGAAGCCUUAGAAAAUUCUGGUGAAGUGUCCGGUUCCACCAACAUUGUAGACUCCAUCAUGAUGCAGGGAGCUUGCUUUGACCCAGAGAAAUGUUUGAACAGCAGCGUGGAGGCAGGACAUACUCUGGUGCAUGGAACGGGAGGCAGGGGGUUCGGCAUUGGGAGCACCGCUGUCACAUCUGGCUGCUAUCAGUGGAAGUUUCUGAUUGUGAAAGAGAAUCGCUGUAAUGAAGGCACAUGUGUGGGCGUGUCUAAGUGGCCAGUGCGGGACCAUGGUCACCGUACAACAUCAGACAUGUGGCUGUACAGGGCGUACAGUGGCAACCUCUACCACAAUGGGGAACAGACACUAACACUACCAAACUUCAGCCAGGGAGACUACAUCACUGUCAUACUGGACAUGGAUGCAAGGACACUUGCAUUUGGCAAAAAUGGAGAUGACCCUAGGAUAGCCUUUGAAGACUUGGAUGCUACAGAGCUCUAUCCAUGUGUAACAUUUUACAGCAGCAACCCUGGUGAAAAGGUGAAGAUAACAGACAUGCAGCUACGGAGCACCCCGAGGGAUCUGCUCCCUGGGGACCCCCACUGUGCCCCCACUGUGGGUGUGAUGGUAGAGGCAGGUAUCACACUGAUUAGACACCUCCACACAGUCGACUCAUGGACCUCACAUGUCAACAACAAGAUAUACAGUGUGCUGGGUCGGAUACAUAACAAUGCUUCCACAGACAGACUGGAGGGGGAAAGACAACCAGAGGAGCAAGCAGGAGCUGAAUCCCUCGAGUUUCCAGAUUGUGUACAGGAGAAAGUCCACCCACAUCACAUGCUGGCAUCAGACCAGGUCUCGGAGUUCAUGCAUGAGGGAAACCUGGACUGGUUGUGUCAAGAGGUGUGGCCAUGCAUGGUUGUUAUUGGUGGGACAGAUCGAGGGCUGAGAGUGGGAGGCCGGUGCCUGCACAGGCUCACGGGGAAGAAGGGCACUGUGCUUGGUCUGGCUAGAGAAGGAGCUGUCACAGCUAAGGUGCAGUGGGAUGAAGGAGACACCACUGUUGGUGACACAUCUCUAAGCAACCUGGAAGCUGUAGAAAGCAUCCCAUUUGCUAUAACCAAAUUCAGUGGUAUUGGAGCCCACCACCUGGAAGCAAUAAUGGAGAUGACCUUCCUGCUGACCGAGAAAGCCCCAUCAGAGGUUGCUGUUACCCCAACCACACCGAACAUUGUGGACAAAGACAAAGACAAGCCAGCCCCUGACACCGAGGAGAAGGAACAUGAAGAUGCCCUCAUGAAGGAACUAGAUGCAGACAUAGCACGCAUCCUGGAUGAGGAAGAAGCCAAAACUGUGGGCUUUGAUCACAAUGCUGACAAGAAGGCCUCUACUGAAUCUGAUGAAGAGCCUGCACCUAGAGGGGACAAUGUUCAGAGUGUGGAGCCUCCACCGGGGGUUCGAGACUCCUCAGAAGACAUUGCUGAGGUUACAGAUAGUUCAGGAGAUCAGUGGUUUGAGGCUGAGAGUGAUACUGUUGCCAGACCGGAGGAGAACGCUACGGAUUCUGUCCCUCAAUCUGAUCCUGGAGGAACACAGAGGGAGGAGGAUGCAGAUGUAAUGAACAAUGCUGCAAGCCAGGCAGAUGAGGACACAGAACCACCUGAUGUUAUGACAACCACACAGUGUUCAAAUAUGACUGUCAGUGACUCGAGUACCCUCAAAUAUUCAACAGAUGAAAAGGAACUGAGAUCUGUGAAGUACGCUGCAAUACAGCUGUCAGCUCUGAAGGCUCUUUCUGUGAUUAUCUGCAACAAUAAGUUCACCGAGAUGUUACUGGUCCCGAAAGAGAAGGUCAGAUUAGAUGGCACUAAGGGAUUACUGGAGGGUAUCAUUCCACAGAGGGAUGAAAAACUGAAGAGUGUUCUUAGAAGUAUUUUGAAGCUGAUGGUGCAGAGAGCAACAAUGCCAUCUCCAUUCCGCAGGGUUGUGUCUCUCAGUGAGCUGGAGCGGACUCUGAGUGUGUUACAUAAAUCCAUGGUUACAGUUCAGGCAGAUGAGAAACUGGGCCUACAGGAAUAUGAAGACAAGCUGGAGGAGAGACUGGUGAGUGAAGGCGUGAAGCCAGAACACAGUACUCCAACCCAUACAGCUCAAUCUACAGACAGCACCAACUCUCCAGCAGUCGGGGAGGCCAACAAGCCUCAAACCUCUUCACAACAAACCUCCAUCCUCCAAUACAUGAGGACAAGUUCAAGUGCUGAGGACAUGGUUGGAUUCACGAGAAGGAUGUUCCAUGCACUGCGGCCACGCAUAUCACUAGGGGUGCCUCUACAGCCCCGCCGGAAUCCCCCUCCCCCUCCCAUACGAUCUCGCUCUCCGUCACCGCCCCCACCUGCCAUAGUGACACACCUCAUGGAGAUGGGCUUCACCCUGGCACAUAUCAAGCAGGCUCUCGCAGCAACUGGCAUCAGUGGUAGAGAAGUGACUGCAAGAUCCAUCAACAGUCUGGCUACAUGGAUGCUGGAAAACCCAUCCGAGCUGACCGCUAUCAGUAGUAGAGAUACACUAAGACCCUCCGCCACAUCUUUGUCAGAUGAUACAGACUUGGUGGCAGACUCAACAAGGGAUAUCAGUGCAGACACGUCAUCCUUCCAGGAUGGCUUCCUCAGUGAUGAAUCAUCAGAUGAGCAGUUUGAGUUGCCACAGCCAAGAAUCAGUCGGAGACCUCGGCGCCUCACUCGUAGUCGACACAUUGAUAUCAGGAGCUUCCUCACAGCUGGUCGUGAACGGCGUGAUGAGAGACCAGAAAGACGUCAUGAGGUUGGAGAAGCACGCCCCCUGUACGACCCUUUUGAUGACUUUGACUUGCAGGAUGAGAUGUACAAUGAAGAAGGGUUGGAGGAUGUGUUUACACUGGACCCCAGCAGAGAUGUGUCGGAGAGGCGCGACACUGAGCCGGGGAGAACGCUGACUUGUGAACUGUGUAAUCAAGAGACUGGUGUCAUGUCUCGUCACCUCAGACUCUGUCACCCUGGAUGUGGAAGAAUCAGCCGAGGCCAUGGCUACGAUGGUACCGGGCGGUAUGAGCAGGUUGGCUAUGGGGGUAUCUGUGGGUCGGGGCAUCCCCACUACCUGCUGUGCCGAGACUGUCGAGACCGCUACCUGCUGCAGAGGAAGCACAGCACCAGUGUAGUUCCCGAGUCAGUGACAGAGGGCACCACUGACAAGUCAGCACCGGAUCUACUGGGAGCCACAGAUGGAGGACUUGAUGAUGAACUUGCAUUUCUAUCUGAGGACAGUGGUAUCAACAUCAGUGCUGACAGCUAUCAGAAGCUGCUACCUCGUCUUGGCUUGAGUGAUCGCAAGUCUAUUCCGGAACCUGUCCGAUUCCUUGAUCCUGAUCCUCUUGGGGCAAAAUCUGUUACUAACAGUACUUCAGAAGUCACAACAGAGUCUCUCAGUAGCUUCUACAAAUCCAGUAAGCUUGAUCCCAAACAGAAAUCUCUCGGUGAGCAGGCCACAUGUCUUCAGAGCAGUGCCGAUCGUCUGUUGGCCCUGAGGAGAACCACUGCAGCCACACAGGUGUUGCUGGCUCGAACCAUGGUGAUGAAGGUCCUCACCCUGCUGGCACAGAGUGGCAGCUCAUGUUGCCUUUCAGCAGCACUGGAUCACAUUGGCCUGGCUGACAUCAUGCAGAUUGUGCGACUGAUGUCCCUGUGUGCUGCAGGGAAGAUAGAGAUGUCCCACACCCAGCAGCGGGACCAGUCCGAGUACCUGCGCUAUCUCACCACCGCCAUCGGGGCUCUCGUCCAGGAGAGUCCGGUCUCACUCCAGCAGCUCAUCUCUCUCUGUACACAGGAGUUGAUGCUGGCAGCCAUGGGUCUCAGUACAAGUAGCAUGGAGGAUACCACCAGCUCCAGACACUCGCCUCACAAACUGCCAGACUCGCCAACAUUUGCAGUUACCCAGGCUCUUGUGUCCCUGCUAGCUCAGAAGGGAUGGAGUCAGAAGCUUAUCCAAGCCCAACUCUCUCUUGACAAAGACACCCCCAGUGAGAGUGCAUCUUCAGAGGAGACUAAGUUCUCCCCACUCCAACUGAUCAAUGCACUCUCGGCAUGUGUAAUCUCUGCACGAAUGCCCUCCCACCAUCGUCAGUGGUCUGCCUACCAGCUUGUACAGGCCCUGUCUGCUCAGGGCCAGAGCAUCCCCUACAUGUCAGAGAACCAAGUGGAUCUGGUGGGAGACCUGCCAUCCUGCCCUGUGUCCAAACUUGAGGCACAUCAGAACAGACUGUCAGGAUGUUCCUGGAACUCCAAGAAAACACUGCUUGCUUCAGGUGCAUAUGAUGGCACGGUGCGGGUGUGGAGUCUGCCCAACAAGACCCAUCAGUUCCUGCAGCAAACCUGCAUCUUCAACCAAGGGGAGGAUGUGUCGGUAGUGGACCUGGACAACAGCCCCUUGUCUAAUGUGUGCUGGAGCAGCUCGGGGAAAAUGAUUGCAGCAUGUAUGGACAACAUGAUCAAUAUCUGGAUCAUUGGAGGUGGGAAAGGUUACCUGGACAUCCAGCCUCACUGGGUGACGGCCCUCACCUGGCCAUUGUCUAAAGGGAUGUUCGAUGGCCAGCUGGGGCUAUCCACUGAUGUUUUGUUGGUGGGACGACUAGAUGGGUCGCUGGCCAGCAUACAGACCCUGGACAGCUCAAGCUACCGUAGACAGGAGCUGGAACACUGCUAUAGGAGAAAUGUAUCCGUGACUCAAAUAGCAUGGUUCAAUGAAGAUCGGAGGUUUGCUGUGGGCUACAGUGAUGGAAUGGUGUCUUUAUGUAGUCAGGCCGAAUUUGAACAGCCACUCAAUACUGAAGCACAUCAGAAUUCUGUGCUUGUGAUGAAGUGGGACCCUACAGGUCAUGUGCUGGCAACAUGUGCUUUGAGUGAACGUAACUUGAAGGUGUGGAAGACAAGUGGUGAAGGGCUCACCUGUAUGUGGAGUCUGACCCACCCCUCCUCUCUGUGCUCCAUAGAGUGGUGCUCUACCCUGGGGAUCGGGGACAACAAGAGGCUGCUUAUAGCAGGUGGGUGUGAGGAUGGAGGUGUCUAUCUGUGGGAAAUCCCCCAGCCGUCCAACGUGGAGGUCCACAUCUCGCCCUUCGCUGUCAAACAUCACUCAACAGACAGACAUGAGUUUUCCUCCAGUUCAAGCGACAGCAGAGAGGAGAGCCAGGACACACAGCCUCAUGCCCCCUUGAAGCCCUGCCAGGUGCUGAUGGGGCACCUCACAGGGGUCACCGCCAUCACUUUCAGCUCCAAUGGUCUCAUGAUAGCCAGUGGUUGUGGCAAGGGAUGGGUGAACAUUUGGUCUCUUCAGGAUGGCUGCUUGCUGCAGACUCAGACAGGCAGUGGUAUGGUGAAGAGUAUCUCAUGGGUUGCUGAUCGCAGUCUUGCUGUGUGCUUCAGCAGGUCCAAGGAUAUAAGUAACAUCCACUAUACCCCAGAGUUGUUCACGAAGAAUCGUGUCGUCGGUGUGGCUCGUCGCGCUCUCAAACUGCGAGGCAUCACAGGGUUGCACCAGGCACCGUGUUUCCGUGGAAUGCUCCAAAGACUACCAAGCAUGCUUCAGGAACAGUACCUCCAUGAAAAGCCUGUGAUCCUGUCCGGCGACCAGCUCAUCCACAGCCUGUACCUCCAGUGUCUUGCCUCCCUCUCUGUCGGGCUGUCCCUCGACAAGGCUCUGUGCUUCUCCCCACAGCCACUACAUCACUACACACAGGAAACAGCCCACAACAACCUAGUGUCAGAAUGGCAAUGGCUUCUCACGUAUUCCACCACCCUCAAAACAUCAGCUGCCCUUGCUAGCAGGAAGCCAAUCCCGGAAACCUUCAAAAUACUUAAAAGAGACACUGAAGACUCAUAUUGUCUUGGUUAUGACAACACACAAUGGGACCUGAACAAGGACAGUCAAAUUAUGUCCUGGGUGACCCACCGUCCUGAAGACUGGCAAGUGGGUGGGCGGUGUGAGGUGUUCACCUGGGGAAGUGGGAGACAUGGACAGAUGUGUGAGGCAGGGAGGUCUUGCCUCUCCCCAGCAAAAGUGCCAUCAUUCUCAUGUGCUCAGCAAAUUGUUUGUGGUCAGAACUGCACCUUUGCCAUCCAGGCCAAUGGGACAGUGCUAGCAUGUGGGGAGGGGAGCUACGGCCGCCUGGGACAGGGCAACUCGGAUGACACCCACACACUCACCAUCAUCUCAGCAUUGCAAGGGUUUGUGACGAUGCUCCUGGCUUCAUCAGUUGGGUCUGAUGGUCACAGCCUGGCUCUGACAGAGAGUGGGGAGGUGUUCAGUUGGGGUGAUGGUGACUACGGUAAACUGGGCCAUGGUAACAGUGAUCGACAGAAGAGGCCGCGACAGAUAGAGGCUCUUCAGGCUGAGGAGGUGGUGCAGAUAGCCUGUGGGUUUAAGCACAGUGCAGUAGUAACUGCUGAUGGCAAGCUGUUCACAUUUGGUAAUGGUGAUUACGGGAGACUCGGACAUGGAUCUACGUCAAACAAGAAACUCCCAGAGAGGGUCAUAGCUUUAGAGGGACACCACAUUGGCUUCGUUGCUUGUGGGCUGAAUCACACUCUGUGUGUGUCUGUGGAUGGCAUGUCAGUGUGGUCAUUCGGUGAUGGAGAUUAUGGUAAACUGGGUCUGGGCAACACACUGUCCAAGUCUCUCCCCACCAAGAUAGAAGCACUGGACAGUGUCAACGUGAAGAAGGUGGCUUGUGGAGCACAGUUCUCCAUGGCUCUCACCAAGAAUGGAUCAGUCUUCACCUGGGGCCAAGAUCGAUUGAUAGGACAGAGUGAUGCAAGGUGUAGAAACCACACAAUACCUAUGUGUGUGAGCGCCUUGUGUGGUCACUUUGUCACGGAUAUUCAGACUGGCUCUGACCACACCAUUGCCCUGACCUCUAAAGGUGAAGUGUGGGUAUGGGGGAAUAACUCCGAUGGACAGCUUGGUCUCGGACACACCAACUCUAUCAGAGAACCGCAGCAGAUAUCGGGACUAGCAACCAAGAACAUCAGACAGAUUUCAGCAGGUCGGACUCACAGUGCAGCAUGGACUGCACCACCCCCUCCCAAGCGUAUCCCUGGUGCCCCCGCCCCCCUCCAGCUCGGCACACCAGAGUCUGUCCCCCCUCAGUAUGGAUCCCUGAGAGAGAUGUCUAUCGAAGCCAUCAAGUCUCGUCUUCUGGUGCUACACAGAUUCUCAGAUCUUGUCUACUCUUCCUGGAAACUCCAUAAUCUCUGCCCCAGACAGGAAUUAAACAGUUUUGAUGCUGGUAUUUCUGGCAUCAUGGAUGGCCGACUUCGUCCAAUCCUGUCGCCUCGUGUGUACACCCUGCCAAUGGUGAGAUCUAUUGGCAAGACGAUGUCCCUUGGCAACACAUGCAGGCCUCAGAUAACAGUGAAGAGACUCUCAACAAGGGGGAAGAAGUGCCGUCCAGUGUAUGUGCAGAUUGCGCAGCAGGUGGUGAAGCUGCGCCCCGAGGAGCUGCGACUGCCAGCUCAUGCCUGGAAGGUGAAGCUGAUAGGAGAAGGUGCAGAUGAUGCUGGCGGCGUCUUCGAUGAUACAAUCACAGAAAUGUGCAUGGAGUUGGAGUCUGGAGUUGUUCCACUACUGAUCCCAACACCAAAUGCCAGGAAUGAGUCUGGAAACAACAGAGACAGGUUCCUGCUGAACCCUUCCUUGGCAUCGGAGGAGAACAUGGUCCUGUUCCGGUUCCUGGGCAUCCUGUUCGGGGUGGCGGUGAGGACCAAGAAGCCCCUGGACCUCCACCUGGCCCCGUGUAUGUGGAAGCUACUUACUGGCAUGCCACUCAAGGUGGAGGACAUGGAGGAGGUGGAUCACUUGUAUAUCCAGAGCCUGCGAGGCAUCCAGGAUAUCCAUGAGAAUGGUGUCAAUGAAACCAACUUCCAUGAGUUCAUCCCUAUUGACUGCUUUGAGGGUCAGAGUUGUGAUCAAAGAAUGGUUGCCGUGGUGACUGGAGGCUUCAACAUCCCCCUCCACUUCCACAACCGCAAGGAGUAUGUGGAGCGUGUUAUGCAGCACAGACUCCACGAGAUGGACAAACAGGCUGCAGCAAUAAGAGAAGGCAUGUCAUGGAUCAUCCCAGUCCCACUGAUAUCUCUACUGACAGCUCAGACACUGGAGCAGUUUGUGUGUGGGACAGCAGAAGUGUCUAUUGAUGUGCUGCGCAAAGUUGUCAGGUAUAGAGGAAUAGAUGAGUGUCACAUUAUCAUUCGAUGGUUCUGGGAAGUUCUUGAGGCCUUCACCAAUGAAGAGAGGAUCCAGUUUCUCCGCUUUAUAUCUGGACGCAGUCGUCUUCCAACAAACCCUGCUGAUAUAACACAGCGCUUCCAGAUCAUGACCUCGGAUAGGGGAGUAGACAGCCUGCCCACCUCUCAGACGUGUUUCUUCCAGUUGCGUCUGCCUGUCUACAGUAGCCAGGAGAUGCUGGCGGAGAAACUCCGGUAUGCCAUCAACAACUGCCGCUCCAUUGAUAUGGACAACUACAUGUUGGCUCGUAACAUUGACACUGGACCUGGAUCUGAUGAAGAUGUGGCUUGAUGCUAUUGUCCACAUCCAGUUUAGUUUCAUGAUACAUUGGGGCAGUAGGGCAGCCUACUGGUUAAAGUGUUGGCUCGUCAGGCCUAAGGCCCGAGUUCGAUUCCCCACAUGGUACAAUGUGUGAAGCCCAUUUCUGGUGUCCCCUACCGUGAUAGUGCUUGAAUAUUGCUAAAAGUGGUGUAAACCCAUUCUCAUUCAUACAGAUUGUGGUCCUCUAAUAUCAAGACUAGAGUAUCUUGCUCCGCCAUUUUGCAAGUUAAUCCCUCUAGAUCAAACUUGGAAUAUUAUAUUAUGAAUACUGUUAUUUAGAUCUGAUCAGAGUACAUCAUGAAACCCAGCUAUAGUCAAAGAUUCAGUUAUAGUGAUGUCUUGUUGAUGCCAUCACUAAAAUGAUAUACACUUUUAUUGGAAACUUCAGAAUGAACCUGAAGCAAUAAAUGUUCUAAUGAAAUAAUAACAAACAUUUUCUUUUAGGUUGCAGCACAAUUAUAGAUCUAAAUAUAUCUAAGGAGUCAAGUCUGUGGUGUAUAUUCUAAUCGAAGACCUCAAGUGCUCAUUGCAAUUCUUCUAUACAAGAGAUUGUAUGAAGAUGUUUACCAGUAUUACUUAUGUGUUUUCGUCGAGACUGACAAUUAUGUGCAAUAUUCAUUUCAUCUGGCUGUUACUUGGCAGUCAGUUUGAAAUCACUGCCAGAUUAUAUGUUCAGUCUGAUGUUGACUCCAUUUAGAAGACUUUUAAGAAUAAAUGAUUGUAAUCUCAUGCAGCAACAAGAUAUUUUGUGAUUGAAUUUAAAAUGUGUGUGUGUGGAAAUCCAAAAAAUCAGCCAGACUUUUCUCAUUAUUAAAAAAGUUAUAUUUGAAUGUUUUUAAAGAGUAUAAUUUCCUUUUGGAACGUGGAAACCUUUCCAAGUCCAAUUUUGGAAAGUAAAGUGAGGAUGAUAACUUUGACAAAUAUCCAAGCAACAUACAACUACCACCAGAGGAACAGGAAAUAUUUGUUUCAGUAUUUACUAUUAUAAAACUAAUAUGCUGUGGAAUUGUAGAUGGUUGAAUGAACUCAUAAAAAUGAAAUUCAGUCACCUAUGAAUAUAGUUUAAACAAAAUGUCACUCACAGUUAUGCCAUGGACAUAAAUAUGUCUUAAUCAACCUAAAGAAAGGCAAGAUCUGUGCAUCUUGCUGAUGAAGCUUGUACAGGAUGGAGCGUCAGAUGUAUGUUAAAUGCCAACAAACCAUUUUGAUCUGUUAAGCUAUCAUACCAGGUAAUUCAGUAUUUUUUUAUCAAAAUCAUUCUAGCUUGGGUGAUUUUUCUAUAAACGUACAUAAAUGUAUUGAAAUUGUUUCAUGUUGUUGUUACUGUCAACUAAAUCUGUAUGUGUGUGUGUGUCUUCAUGAAUACUCUAAAUGGUAUGAAAUAGUCAUAUUUGCAUGUGCAUUUUGCGAUAAUGCUCCUUCGUUCCUAGAAACAGAUCCUGCUCUUGUGUUAUAAAAUUCCUGAAAACAUCACUGGAUUUAGGGCAUUGAAAUACUUUUGACAAGAGUUAUGGUCCUUCUUGUACAUGCUCAUUCAAUGUUAGGAGUACUGACAAGCUGCUACCAUCACACUUGUAGGAUGAGUAGAUGUCAUUAUCAUACCUCCAUGUCAGAAUGAUGAGAUCUGAUUGGUUCAUGUGAUCUUGAUAAAAUACUCUGUAUACCGCCUUGCAGGGAAAUAACUUUCUCAGUGGGAGAAUAAGUCCCUUAUACCCCGCCACGAGCAAAUCAGGCUGCACAUGAAUUUCUGAGAGGCAGAAUAAAUCCCUUAUACUCCACUUCAAAGCAAAACGUCGCACACUUUUCCCCUGAGUCAAUGAAAGUCAUGUGACAUAGCACAAGUUAACCUCAGCACAGUCAAACAGUUGUUUUCUAUCAGUUCAAAUUUGUGUUCAUUCUUUUAUAAUGUCAUAUUAAAACAUGUUGGUAAGAUAAAUUUGUGUAGUCGGAUCACUAAGGGUAAACGGGGUUUCAUGCGUCCCUCGUUAGGUUUAAUACCACUUGCCUCCAUCCCAGUAUAAAACCUAACGAGGAACACAUAAAACUACAUGUACCCCAAGUGAUCCUACUACAACUUAUAUUAUGUAGUAUUUUUAUCAGUAUAGGAUUUGAAAUAUCUGUAUGUUUGUUUUAAGUUAAAGCUUGUCUAAAGAACAGAAACCUGCAUCCUUGUUCAAUAAUAUGAUCAGUCACUGGUUUUAAUGGUCCAUACUUAAUAACUGAUUGAACACAUAACAGGACAUAACAUUCACUCCUCCAUUUCCUGUUUUAGUUUGUCUUAUUCCCAGAAAGUGACCAUAUAGAGAGUGACCCAAUUUCACGUGUCACUUCCCAAUCUAGACAAGGGCAGGGCUACAGUUACCGGAGACAAUAUUUCCUUUAACCAUCCAUGGACCCGGUAGUAGACCUUAUAAAAGUAUUAAUAGCUGAUUGAGUGUCAGUAGUAUAUCAGUCAAAACUAUUGUCUGAAAACUGUUUUGUUUUAUUUCCUUGGUUAUCUUUCCCUAUGUCCCUUGAACAUCUGCUUUGGAAGGUUAUUUUUAUUAUAGAAUUUGUUUUUGUCAUGAGUCAGUAGGAUAAAAAGGAACUAUCUCUUCUUUUUUUUUCACAUUUGUGAAAUUUCUUGCUGACAGUUCCAUGAAUAAAAUAAUAAUAACAAAACAGCAUGCAGACACUCUUUAUUCAGGGCACUAGAAUGAUGAAUUGAAAUUGGAAAAAAGCUAUUGAGAUAUAAAUCAUUUUUGUGUCUAAUAGGGAUAAGGUUCCUUUCCAAACCCUUUGGUGCAGUGUAGGCUUCACAAUUUAUGUGCUUUCAGAAUAGCUUUUCUUAUUUUUGAUAAAAAUAUUUUGUAUUUAACACAACAAAAAUUAUACAUCAAAUGUAUAACACAGUCACAAAAGAAAACCCAAUGUAAUGGUAGUCACAGAUGAACAGAUAAUAUAUUUGUAUCUCACCUCCACAAAUAAAUACACAAAUUGAGCUAUUGAGGAAUUAUGAGAGACUAUUUGUCAGUAAAAACAUAUGCGUAGGAUGCAUAUACAUACGCAAAACAUUAACUGCAUCACUGAAGAGUGUGUACUUUAUCCCUAUCGGUACCAUUACUAAAGUUGACAAAGUAGACAAUUUAUGGAUAAGAACAACUUCUUUAAUUACUGUAAAGGCGAUGCUUCGGUAUAGAUCCUUAUACCGUUGUCAAGCAAGACUGAAUGAGGAACAUGGUACAGAAUACAUUAGUAGGUGGAGGAUUAACAGUGACAACAUUUGCAUACAGGCGGAUUACAUAGUAGGUAAAGUACGGUAAUGACAACAGAAGGAUAAUACUGUAAUCGCAUGAUGGACAGAGAACACAUGGUGUGGAAGCCAAUGAGACAUGAAGCCAGUCAUACAGGAUAAGUUUGCAUAGGUGUGGUGAUUAUUGCUUGAUGAGUUCAUAGUAGGCGGAUGGGAUGAAAUAACAUUGAUCUCUGUUGAUUGAUGGCUUGUGGCGGCGAAUGUAGACUGCUUCUGUUAGUUUUCUUUUUGUGAAGUCAUAGAGGUUAUUGGAGAGGAUUUGGACGUUUUCCCAGUUGAUGUUGUGAUUGGGACAGUUGCUGUUAUGGUCCGAGAUGGCUGAUUUACUAUCUGGUUUGAUGGUUGAAGUUUUGUGCUCUUUGAUUCUUGUCGAUGAACUUGUUGAUGUGGUUGGCCUUGGUCUUCGUGUGCAGUUUGUUGUUGACCUUGGGUCUUGGCGGUGUGAAGUGAGGAGAAGGUGUCAGGUUGGAGUGUGGUGUUGAGCUGGUUGAUAUGGUCAGAGAUGUCUUUGAGGGAGAUGGCCUUCAUUUUGCGAUGAUGGCGGAUUUGUUCAGUGAUGAGGUGUUGGGAGGAGGUGUGAAGGAUGGUUCUGGCAUUCAUGUAUGCAAAUGUUGUUACUGUUAACCUCCACCUACUACAUAUAUUCAGUACCAUGCUCCUCAUUCAGUCUUGCUUUACAACGGUAUAAGGAUCUAUACCGAAACAUUGCCUUUACAGUAAUUAAAGACGUUGUUAUCCAUAAAUUGUCUACUUUGUCAUCCAUCUACUUCUAAGUAGUGCCUAUCAAACAAUUCAUUACCAAUGUUAUCUAAAAGUUCAUUACAUUUGUUAAAUUGACAAGUUCUUUCAUCUUUAUAUAAAGAGUAGUUAAAUAAAACAUGGCACUCAGUAAAAUUGUUACAAUAGAAACACAUUCUAUCCCAAAGAGGGCUACCAUGUAGUGUCUGCUCAGAAUCAAAUAUCACCAUGCAAAUAAUUAGCUCUGAGUGGCUAUCUACAAUGUGGAAGAGUGUUGUAGAGAGAACAAUGAGAAGCUUUAGUGUCUGCAGUCCAGAGCUUCAUCAAAAUCAAUAUUUGUCUCAAUGCUACCAAAAAUCAGUUGGUCUUCUUCCCUGUCUAACUCCCAUGCAUACUUCAAGUGAUACACAGCAUUUGAAUAUCCUAUUUGUACAUUAGCUCUACAAUAAUUUAUGGUGCCCAGUUUUUGGAGUGAGUGAGUGUACCAUUGUUGUGACUCGUGAUACUUGUUUUCCUUGCAUUGUGCCAAGCAUUUGGCUGUGAUGAUCCACCAACUGAGACCUGUACUACUAGCUAGUGUUACUGGUAGACCCAUUUCUCCAUGAAAGGGUAUUCUGUUCAGUGAAUUUUGUAUUGUGUAAUUCUCCAUCUAUUAGAAAUAGUUAGUCAAACAUUGACCAUGUCUAUUGGAAACACUGGGUCAGGUCAAAUAAAAAACAAUGAGAAUAUUUGUCAUGAUGUUUCAACGAUAACAUAUGAUAUGGAAGUGUCUUGUCAUUCAAAAAUAAAUACACAUUUUUUGUUUGGGAUUUUAUAUUCCUUGUCAUGGAUAUUCAGUGUGAUGUAUAUUUUAUGUGUAAUCAACUCUUUUAUUUAUUAUCUAAUUUAUUAUUGAUGUUUUGGAAUAGGUUCUAGUGUCAAUUGACCUAUCAUGAUUAUUAGGUACAUAACACAGCUCUUAUUGUGCAUGGGUGAUAUUUAAACAAAUGAAAGCUUAGUUUUAUUGUCUAUCAAAGUUAAUCAAAGUUUGUAUCAUAAUAAGUGUUCAGCUUUGAUAUUGUAAAUAUCUGGUUUCAUACAUGAUAGAUGUUGAGUAAUGAAAGUUGUCUAGAUAUCUUUGUUUUAUUAGCUGCAUAUACAUUGUCUAUAUUACUCCUGGACUACAUACAUCUUUCAGGGAAAAGGAAAUUUGGAAUCUUGAAUCUACAAGUCAAAUAAAUGUGUCUCUCUAUUAGACGCAUUCAACCCAUCAGGAUUAAAGUGUGAAACAGAAUGUGCACUUAGACCUGGUAUAAUUGUCACUUUGACCUGGUAUAAAUAUCACUUUGACCUGGUAUAAAUAUCACUUUGACCAUGUUGACCUGGUAUAAAUAUCAAUUUGAUUCGGUACCUGAAGAUGAAUUCCAUUGUAUGUAUUUGUAAUGCCUUUUUACUACAAGUUCACAUUGGUAAUAUGGUAAGUUUACUUCAGACCAUCUUUACUGAAUAUGUAGGUGAAUGAGGCUGAAACUUUUCAUGAUUUAUCCCACCAGUACUUUUACAGGUGUGUUCAAUGUGUGAGCUGGCUGAUUGUGUGUUAUUGUACCCAUGUUUGUGGAUUGUUGCUAUUUACCACUUACUUGCCUGGCCAUUGCCUAAUUAUUUAGACCCGUGAAGAUCCGGGGUAGAAUAGGUCUUCAGCAACCCAUGUUUGCCAUAAAAGGCGACUAUGUUUGUCGUAAGAGGCGACUAACAGGAUUGGGUGUUCAGGCUCGCUGACUUGUUUGAU